AUGAGCCCGUACACAGAGUCAAAGUCGACACCUCUGGUACCCUCUCUGCUGUCUACUUCUACGAUGUCUACUACUACUACAACCGCAGAAGAAUUUCGAAUGAAAUUGUGCGAAGUCAAACUUCUCCGGACGCAGAUUCAGCGCUUCACCGUCGCACCCGAAGAAUCCGAUCCGCAACACGCGCACUAUCAAGCGCUCAAAAACGAUCUGAAAGCUGCCGAAGAUGCAGUGAUCGAAUAUAACCUGGCUAACCCCACCGCGGACGUCAAGCCCGAAAUUGUCCACGCUCCCAUGUCCAACGAAAACGCAUUUCGGGAGGCCUCCUCAUGA